GUUAAUCACAGGGAUCAGGCAUGCUGUGAGAGGUGGUUAUUAGCGCAUUGAUGUUCUAUUGAGAAUUCCUGGCAUUGGGAAGAUUUAACAUGCAGGAACGUCCAGAAAAUUCAUCUGUCAUCUGAGACUCACCAUUUAAAAGAUGAGAUGGCUGCCAUUUCUGGCACAUACGAAAAGAAGGAGAUGCCUGCACCUCAGGAACAACUAGAAGUGAGCAGUUGUGGCAAGAUGAGAACUAAAAUCAGCGGACACAAGAAUGCUCAAAUGGAAACCAGAUCCCAAAGCAGACAGGAGGAGCUGGAUACUGUACUCCUGAAGAAAGACGAAGACUUAAAGAAUUUAAAACUUCUCGUGGCCCAGAAGGAAACAGAUUUGCAAGAGCUUAAAACCCAAAGGACAUUAUCCUCAAUACAGCUGGAUCUAGCCAUGAAAGAGCUUGAGGAGCUAAAUAAAAACAUCCUGAUGUCUCAAAGAAAGUAUGAAGAGGAAUUUUCCCAACGACUGAAAUUGCAGGACCAGGUACUGCAACUCAAACUCCAGCUGGAGCAUCAAAAAGAAAAUUGUUUACAGGGAUCCAAAGAGAUGAGACAGAGGCUUGCAUGGUCAGAAGUUCUCAUACUCCAACUAGAAGGAAAACUCCAGGAAUUGAGCAAUGGGGACUCAGAUUCAAUGGCAAAAGUUCAGAAGAUUCGAGAAACCAGUGAAGUGGAGGUAAAACAAAUCCAAGAGGAAACUGCAACAGCCUACCAUCAAAAUUUUCUGGAGUUACAAAUGAGGUUACACACUGAUCGAGUCAUGCUAGGGAAAAUGCAAGAGGAGAACCAGCACCUGAACCAGCGAGUUGAUAUGCUGACAGUUGAAGUUAUGGCAUUACAGAAGAAGCUCCUCUCUGAAGAGGCCAACAACAGCGCAUUCAUUGAAAAGCUGCAGUCGGAACACAGGGGGAGACAACAGCACACUGGAGCCCUGGAGGCCAGGCUAGAGGAAUUACAAGAUCUUCUUCUAGCCAAGAUGAAAGCACUGGAGGCUGUUGAGGAGAAAAAUAUUUCCCUGCAGAAUGAGAUCAGUUUACUUAAAAGCACGUUUGGAGGAGAAAAAGGAACAGAGGCAACCCAUUUCCAUUUGGCACCUAACCUGUCAUACUCUGGUCACUCUCCUGUUACCUCAACUCCCAUCACAGAUGCAUCACCCCAGCCUUCAGAGAACGUGCUCUCACCACAAUCACUUCAGCCUGCUUCUGCAGCUACUAUGAUAAAUGGAAUCACAACAGCACCCAAACUGGCCAAAUCUGCCAGAGCAGAUCCAACGACACAAAAGAGAGUUUUAGCUCAGGGCAGCACUAAUACUGAGUCACCAAAGUGGUCCUGUUCUAGGUCUAGCUCCCUCAGCCUUGACACAAAUACAUUAGGACAAGGUCAGGACUAUUUCAGCUCUUUGUUUGCUGACUCGAAGAAGAAUGCCCAACAUCCCAGACCCUUGGAGAGACAGGGAAGGACACCGUCAGCAGCUCAAGACUACAUCUCUUCUGCAGCCAGGCACAGUGCUAUUGGCAACUUAAAAAUUGCAGAAGUUCAUUCAGGUGGUCAUUUUGUGAAGAUCCUUAACUGUUCGCCUGAUAAAGAGGAGGGCAUUGGGGAGUAUACACUCCAGCAAAAUGUCAACGGCCAUCCAGUAACAGUAUUCAAAUUCCCACCAAGGAUCAGAAUGAAGGCCAAUUCUACUGUAACCGUAUGGACAGCAGAUGCUAAAGUGCCUCAUAAACCUCCAUCAGAUUUCCUUUGGAAGGAGCAAGUUAGGUUUCAAACAGGCCCAGAGUGCACUACCAUUCUUUGUGAACCUAAUGGUCAAGCUGUUGCUUGGUACACACCUAUUCACUGGAACAGAAAGCAAGGAUGGAAAGAGCAAGAAGAUGAUGAAUACCUUAAGAACAGCAAAAAGUCAAUUAUACCAUCAAAAAUGCAAAGAGAGGAAUGGAAAAAGGAACCAGAGUCUGUGAUCAUUGAUACAGAACAGGAAGGGGGUGUCCAAGGUCAAACAGAGGAAAGAGGACCGGUUUUCAUUAAAAGAGAAAAAAAGAUCCCAGCAACCCUGUUCCCUACUCAGAAUUCUUGGUGCCGAAGUCCAGCCUCUCCCACACACCCUCACUUUUCUCUGCUCAGACCAUUAACCAUGGGCAAUGAUGGCAGCAGUCUAUGCAGGCAGUCCAGGUGUCAGUCAGCAAAACCUGACCCAGCACCAGGCACUCUGUAUGCAGGAACCAGUCGGAGCAGAAACACAGCUACAAGAAGUUUUAAUGGAAAAAGUAGAAGGCUGACCCGUUCAGCAGGGCCUAAUUUAGGUGGAGUGAUGUACAUCGGUUCUUCUGCACCCACUGGCUCUGCUCUACAGAAGUACUUUGUCAAUUCACCUUACAUCUUCAGUCUGCCAACCCCGACUUCUUUUACACCCACUACUUUCUCUAACUUCUAACACAGGAUCUAUGAAUAGGAGUAUGUGUAGGGGGGGUGGAGGAGCUCCUUAAUGCUCUGCAGCAAAAAUAGUAAUAUGUGGGUCAUUGCUUCAGGGAAUGAGGAGACUAGGUUGUUGAGUGACACUAUAAAAUUUAAAUGUUGUUUCUGUGUAGACUGAUAUGUACCAGAAAGUUUGUUUCACUGACUAUUAUCAUUACAUUUUUAUUGAUUAUAUAUUUGGAAUGACUGAUAAUAGGGUGUAUAUAAUAUGUAAAACAUUAUAUAUAGAGUGUAUAUUAUAUAUAAUAUUUUACAUAUUAUUUAUACAAUCAUUCUGUGUUUUAAGAGGGUGAGGGGGAAGCAUUUAUCUACCAAAGCAAAAAUCUUUAAAAAAAUAACCAUCUAUUUUGGUUGCACAGUGGGGAAAGAUGUUUAAAAGUAUCUACAAUGUAAUAAUUCUUAUACUGUGAUGAUUUAUUUUCUCCCUUUUACACAACUGUCAAAUCCAGUGGAGGCAGCUGACAUAUGAAAAUGGGUAGGCAAAGUUGGCCCACAAAAGUGUCCUCAAGGCCAGCAGUGGGUAAUGAUCAUACUAUAAUAGAAUCAAAAUAGGGUAGGCAAAACAAGAUAGACUGUGACUUUCCUGGUAAGAAGAUUCCAUUGGUCAAAUCUAUCCCCAGGACAGUGUUCAUUGUUAACUAAAGACGAGUUUUAGAUGCAAAAGGCAGAUCCUAACUUGCUUCAGAUUUGGGAAUGUUGACAUGCUGGCUUUUGAUUCAGCCAGUUACAAGGAUAGGAGUCUGCUUUAAAAUUUUGGAUCCAUAUAUAGAUGCAAAUAUCCUCAAAAUUUGGCAUGUUUGGAGUCAAGUUUAAUUUCAUUUCCAUCUCCAGUGAAAACAGGGAGAAACUUCUUCCAAAGACAUCCAUCUCUUUUCUACUGUUUUAAAAUCUAACCUAAUUUCAGGAUAUUUUCCCACUGCCUGGAUUAUAAAAUCACGAAUUCUGAAUACAUGAAUAACUCCCACCAAAAACAGCCUUCCAGAGCCUUUCUCAGUAGCCUGGUGGUGAGAUAUAGCCUGACAUUGAGGAGCAGUGUCUGGUUUCCUGUUUACUAGAUGGUAGAAAAUGAAGGAAGAGUUCGUGAAGGCUGCAUCCCCAGGGGAGUAAUGCUGACCUAUUAGCUCUUUAAAUUGUAAUGGUCAAUCUGUGUAGCUACCAGGGCUGGCUCCAGGCACCAGGGCAGCAAGCAGGUGCUUGGGGCGGCCGACGGAGAGGGGCGGCACGUCCAGCUCUUUGGCGGCGGCAGUAGAGCUGCCACUGAAGUGCCACCAAUCACAAAAAUGCUGGAGCUGGCCCUGGUAGAAGAGAGGUUCACAAGCUGUGAGUUGGGACCUCCAAGAGAUGAGGGGAAAGUCAGCUGAAAUUGUCUGGGAGGAGGUGAAUGAGUUCCCAGUCCCUGUCUUCCUCUGAAGUCAGAUUUUUCUAAGCCACUUAAAUCUGGAUCCUCCUCAGAUUUUACCACCCUGAGUCUCACAGGGUGGCCUACUUUGAAGGCCCCAGAAAGGAUACUCAGAUGAGUCUGGGGAAGAGAAGUUGUGUGGGUGUAAUCCAUGCCUGCUUGAUGUGGUAAUCUGUCCCUCUCUAGUGGCAGCUAGCCCAAAGAGGGAUUGAUGAGUCUGCUACAGCCUUGGCUAUUAGCCACGUAGCUUUUAGCUCAUUCAGUAGAGGUUCACACACUAAGUUUCAGUAGUCCCAGGUUCAAUCCUGCCCACAAAUUACCUGGGUCUGUUGGCAUUACACCUGGAAGAUGAAGAAAAGUAGCCCAUUGCAGAAUGAAGUCUUGGGCCUGUGAGCCAAAUAGAAUCAAAGAAACUAGUUCUUCAUUUUUCAAGCAUUCAUUGGAUUUGUACCUGUCAUACCUAACAAGGGUUCUGAGACUCAUUUUUCUCUGUACUCAUUUUAUCUCUCUUUGCCUCUAUUUCCCCAUCUAUAAAAUCCCACCUCACAGGGAGUAGGUUGUCUUAAUUAUUUGUAUGUAAAGUAUUUUGAAUGUCAAAAAGUUCUGUAUUAAUUCUAAAGCCCAGCUCAUCCCACUGUUAUCUAUUCAAGGACUGGACCCAAACAGGUCUCCAUGGAUGGGGGGAACUCAAGUGGUUCAAUAGCACUGUCCAACCCCAGGACCAUCAGAAGAUGCUUUGUAGGACCAGGAUCCAUGCAGGGGAGGAGCGGGGCAGGCUAGGGGAAGAGUUGGUGGCUCAUGACUGUGAUGACACCAAUCAUCCCAUCUGACCUUAUGGAGAUUUCCAAAAAGGUAACCCAGCCCUCAGGCUGUAUAUUAUAUAUUCUGUGGAGCUCCCCUCUCCUGAUAGAACAACGUAGAAGGAUCUCUGUGACUUGAUCCUCAUGGAAAUUUCUUCUCCUGAGCUCAAUCCCAUGGGUUUUACCUUGGGAGAGGACAAUCUAUCCGAACAUUAUCAGAGAGCCACAUCUGUCCCAGGAUUCCCAGCUCCAUAUAACCAAUGGUCUUCAUAGGUUCAUGGCUCACAACCUAAUAGGAAACAGCUAUUUUAUGCUAAUUAAUAUUUCAUCCUGUUGCCUUUUAUAAACAUUAUACACUGAGUUUGUCCUUACCAUAGUAAACCCUCUUGCUAGAUGCUGAGCUGAUGAUGAAAUCAGUGGGAAAUGCAGGUGCUGAGCACCUCUCAGGAUCAGAUCCUGUACACUGAGGCACUGAGGCAUGAAUGCAAUUGGAAAAAAGGACCUAGAAACAGCUUUCCCAUAAUCCUUUGCAAAUCUAUGAGGCCUAUUUUUUUGGAACAGGCUUAGCUAAUAAUCAAAGAGAACCUGCUCGACUUCUGUAGUGCAGAGAGAGCCACUUGGAUGCUUUGUUAAUUCCUCAAAAGACAUCAAGAAAAAGUUUGGUGCCCAGCCUUCAGGUCACAUCUGCUUGCGCUGUACUUUUCAUUAUACUGUAUUCACAGUCUCUGGUUUGUCUGGCCUUUUUUUUGGUCAGCCAAAUUACUACUGUCUUAUGG